AUGUUGUUGGUUGGUAGUGUAUUUAAUGUGAAUUCAGUAUUGGAAUUAAUAGAUGCAGCUAUUCGACCAAUAAUGGCUGGUGAUUCAACGUUGAUUCAACCAGCUAAAUAUCGAUAUCGUUCAGGUAGUCAAUUCGAUGUUGGUGGUUUAACAGUUAGAACGCCUUGUUCGGCUGUUGGUCACGGUGGUCAUUAUCAUUCUCAAAGUCCAGAAGCUUAUUUUGCUCAUACACCUGGUUUAAAAAUUGUAAUUCCUAGAAGUCCCAUACAAGCUAAAGGACUUUUAUUGUCUUCUAUAAGAGAUAGAAAUCCUGUACUAUUUUUCGAGCCAAAGAUAUUAUAUCGUGCUGCUGUACCAGUAGGAGAUUAUGAAUUACCAAUAGGAAAAGCGGAAAUUCUCAAAAAAGGAAAAGAUGUUACAGUGGUUGGUUAUGGAUCACAAAUUUAUAUUCUUGAGAAUGCAAUAGAACGAAUAGAGAAAGAGAUUCCUGGUCUGUCAUGCGAGUUGAUAGAUCUGAGAUCAAUCUUGCCUUGGGAUAGUGAGACUGUUGAAAACUCGGUAAAUAAAACUGGUAGAUUAGUAAUUGCUCACGAGGCACCUCAAACAUCUGGUUUUGCUGCUGAAGUUAUUGCCACUAUUAUGGAAAGAUGUUUCUUAAGACUUGAGGCACCUAUUCAACGAGUCUGUGGUUGGGACAUACCUUUCCCGCUUGUCUAUGAAAAAUUUUAUUUGCCAGAUGCUACAAGAUGUUAUGAUUCCAUUAAGGAAGUAUUUAAUUAUUAG